UCUUGCGCUCCGCCAACUCUCAUUUUGUGACACUACUACCUUGAGAACUCUUUCCGAAAUUCCUCGAAGUACUCUUGGGAAGUGUUUUCAUCAUGGGUACCGGAAAGAAGGAAGCCACUCGCAGAGAGCGGCAGGGGAAGACUGGAGAUGGCAUGGGAAAUGUCAGGACGAAGGGUGAAAACUUUUACAGAGAUGCAAAGAAGGUGAAGCAUCUGAACAUGCUGAAAGAUGGCAAGCCUCGACGUAACGCUGAGGGAAAGAUCACUGUGGCUGCUUCCUACCAGUCCCGAGAAGCCCCGGUCGCUAGAAUCGAGCCCAACCGUAAAUGGUUCGGGAACACGAGAGUCAUCUCUCAGGAAGCUCUGUCGUCUUUCCGCGAGGCUGUCGCCGAGCGUGCUUCCGACCCCUAUUCCGUCCUGCUCAAGACGAACAAGCUUCCUAUGAGCCUGAUCAGAGAUGAUAAAGGCGCCAAUGGCCUGAAGCAACAUGAGGCUAAGAUGGCCAUUGAGAACUCUCCUUUUAGCGAUACAUUUGGGCCUAAGGCUCAAAGAAAGCGUGUCAAGCUUGGUGUCGCCUCCCUGGAGGAUUUGGUUGGUGAAACCGUCAAGAUGCACGAUGCCUAUGUCGAGAAGACAGACCAUGCUACGCAUGAAGAUGGUACUUUGGUUGUCAACGGCGAUGAUGUUGCGAAGGACGAUAACACAGGCCUGGCAACCACCGCCGUCGAGUCUGUUUUCUCCAAGGGUCAGAGCAAGCGUAUCUGGAACGAGCUUUACAAGGUCAUUGACUCUUCCGAUGUCGUGCUCCAUCUACUCGACGCACGUGAUCCCGAUGGCACACGUUGCAGGAGUAUCGAGAAGUACAUCCGUGAAGAGGCUCCUCACAAGCACUUGGUCUUCGUUUUGAACAAGUGUGAUCUUGUUCCCACUGGUGUAGCGGCUGCUUGGGUACGACAAUUGUCGAAAGACUAUCCUACUCUGGCUUUCCACGCCUCUAUCACCAAUUCCUUUGGUAAAGGCUCUUUGAUCCAGCUUUUGAGGCAGUUCUCCUCUCUGCACUCGGACCGCAAACAGAUCUCUGUUGGUUUGAUUGGAUACCCAAACACUGGCAAGUCCUCUGUCAUCAACACCUUACGGAAGAAAAAGGUGUGUACCGUGGCCCCUAUUCCCGGGGAGACCAAGGUGUGGCAGUACGUUACUUUGAUGAAGCGAAUCUACCUCAUCGAUUGUCCGGGUGUGGUUCCGGCCAGCUCGAACGCUACUCCGGAAGAUAUCCUUCUCCGAGGUGUGGUCCGAGUGGAGAACGUAGAGAAUCCCGAGCAGUACAUCCCUGCCGUUCUCAAGCGGGUGCAGCCGAAGCAUUUGGAGCGUACCUACGGCAUCAAGAAUGUGGAAGACCCUAUCGAAUUCCUCAGUAUCCUUGCACGCAAGGGUGGUCGCUUGCUUCGUGGAGGAGAACCUGACCUCGAUGGUGUCGCCAAGAUGGUCAUCAACGAUUUCCUGCGAGGCAAGAUCCCCUGGUUCACUCCUCCGCCUCACAAUGCUGGUGGGGAGGACGAGCAGAUUGAAGGCCGUGCUGGUCGGCUCGGAGAAAUGAGUCGGAAGCGCAAGCUUGACGAAACAACCUCUGAAAAGCCAGAUGACUCCAAGGAGGAGUCGGAGGAAAAGGCUUCCGGAUCCGAUAACGAAGAGUUCGAGGGCUUCGAAAGUGACGACGAUGAUUCGAUCGCGAACAUUGAGGUCAGCGACGAGGAGAGUGGCGAAGAGAACGACUAAACAGCCUCUUGUCGAGAUCCUUGUCGAAGACUAUUGACAAACAAAAUACUCCGAUGCCGGUUGUCAGUUGGCAUCAGCCCCAAGACAGAGAUUCUUGGUAGCGCAUCCCGCUCCCCAGCUCCAGGGCGUAUCUCAAGGUCUUGUCAUACCCUGAUCUUCUGAAGUUUGGAGCCACAUGGCUCGAAGCGUUCAAAGAUGCGAGCUCCUUUGGGGACCGGAACACCAUCAAGCCCGUCGAGCCCUGCGCUGGUUCGAUAUGAAACCUGCUGGCAUGCUACCUGGACAAUAUUUUGCCAGUGUACGUCAUCCCUCAGUCCAGAGAACAUCGGCUGUCAGGCCGAUUUACGUCUCGGCCAUCAUGAUGUCUAUUAUAAGAUACCCACUUAGUGUUUACACGAAGAAAUCAAGCAAUCGAUCAAAUCAUCCUGAAACAAGGUGGUCUGAUUCAAAAAG